AUUUGGAAAUUGGAAGCAUGUCGCGAAGGGCGAAUGAGGGAUCCCUCUUCAUAGGUAGACUGAGCAAAUCGACGAGAGUUCGAGACCUUGAGGACAUUUUUGAACCAUAUGGCCGAAUGACGCGAUGUGAAAUUAAAUAUGGGGCUGAGAUGGCAUAUGCAUUCAUUGACUAUGAAGAUCACAGAGAUGCUGAGGAUGCAGUUCGGUAUGAGAAUGGCAGAGAGAUCUGUGGGUCCAGUAUUAUAGUAGAGAGAGCCAAAGGAGCCCCAAGGAGGUCAUUGGCCCCAAGAAGUUCUGGCUAUGAUGACAGCUACAGGUCUGGACGAGGCUCUCGAGACUACCCUGACAGAUAUGACAGAAGAGGUGGGCCAAGAGGAGGAAGAUACAGGUCACCCUCACCACGACGUAGGAGGUCCAGAUCUCGAUCUCGAGACAGAAGGAGACGCAGCCGAAGUAGAUCUCACAGCCGACAGCGACGAAGGAGGUCAAGCUCUGUCAGCCCACGGCGAUCCAGCAAACGAUCAAGAUCUAGGUCACCAAGCAAGUCAAGAAGUAGGUCACCACAGAGUAAAUCGGGGAGUGGAUCUCCACCAAGAAAUGGGCAGCAGACCGACAAAUCUCCAUCAAGGAGUCCUGCUAACUGA